AUAAUAAUGCAGCGUGUAAGCCGAAUGAAGAAGGAAAUCAAGAUGCUAUCGGAAUCCCCACCUCACGGGAUAUCUUGUUGGCCAAAGGACGAUAAAAUAGACCAGCUUGAAGCACAAAUUCUUGGUGGAGAGGGCACUCCAUAUGAAAAUGGAAUAUUUAAGAUUGAAAUUCAAAUUCCAGAGAGGUAUCCUUUUGAGCCACCAAAGGUGCGGUUUAUUACUCCCAUAUACCACCCCAACAUUGAUAAUGGUGGACGCAUCUGUUUGGAUACCCUUAAAAUGCCUCCUAAGGGAGCAUGGAAGCCAUGUUUGAACGUCAGUACUGUCCUUACGACUAUACAGCUUCUAAUGGCUGAACCCAACCCAGAAGAUCCCCUCAUGACAGAAAUUUCAAAUGAAUAUAAAUACAACAAGGUUUUGUACCUACAACAUGCCAAGGACUGGACAAAACAACAUGCUAUGCCAGAAAUCACUAAACCUCAACAGCCAACAAACCUCAGUGACGCGAAGAUGGGACAGGAGAAUUCUCUUCAAACAUUGAAAACAAAAUCUGAACCGCCAAAUUCGGGUAUCAAGAGGCAACAAGCCAUAGCAGACAUUACAAACAAAAAACCCAGAAGUUGAUACUGAAAAUCUCAACUGGAUGUCACUAAGAAUGAGAGAAGCUUAUGAUAGGAAGCAUUCCUAA